AUGCAGUACGAAGGGGAGGAGCACGUGGCGUACGAUGGGGACGGAGGGCUUGACCAGGGCCACUACGACGACGGCUCUGAGGGAGGCGCGGCCGGCGGCGCCGCCCCCGGCAGCAGCAAGCGCCGCAAGAAGCGGGCGUACAAGAAGGCCCCCGACGCCCCGCGCAGGGGCCGCAGCGCCUACGUGCUCUUCUCCAUGGAGGCGAGGGAGGAGGUCAAGAACGCCUUGCCAGAAGGCUCCAAGGUAACGGAGGUGAUGAAGGGCAUCGCGGCCAAGUGGAGGGAGCUGAGCGAGACCGACAAGGAGGAGUGGACGGCUAAGGCCGCGCAAGACAAGGACCGUUAUGAGCAGGAGCUGUCGGUCUACGACGGCCCCCUCAAGGUCCCCAACAAGAGGGCGAAGAAGGACCCGCUCGCCCCGAAACGCGCCAUGAGCGCCUUCCUGCACUUCAGCCAGUCCAUGCGGCCGCGACUGCGCGAGACCUACCCCGAGGCGAAGAACAUGGACAUGUCCAAGAUGCUGGGACAGGAGUGGAACCGCAUGUCCGACGAGGAGAAACUUCCUUACCAGACCAAGGCCCACGAUGACACUCUGCGGUACCGCGAAGCCAUGACGGUGUGGAAGGACGGUGGAGCAGACGCUCUCGCGAGUCACAUGGCGGCAAGGGGGGAGACCGAUGGCGCGGUUGGCAAGUACGAGGAGGAUGGAGACGGGGGCGACAGAACAUGAACAUACACGACCCGAGAAAAAAAUAAAAUAAAAUAAACGACAGAAAGAAUCAACACGUCAACCUUACAGCAUCAGCAGCGGCUCCAGUGGAAGAGGGGUGUGAGGAGCGUUCAAGCUGCAAGCUAGCUAUUGACUACUUGCUGUUUGGCGUACACGCUGUUGUCGAGAGAGGGGCGGCGGGCGAGGAGUGACGGUGCGCGGAUAGAGGAUGGACACCUCUGAUGUGCGUCCCCGCUUUGAGGGGGCGGAUUUUGUUUCCCCAUCAGGCGGUUCGGGGCAAAACCGGUGUCAUCGCCCCGCCUCCUCACGGGUCGGAGACAGAAGUACCGGCCAAGUACCGGCGAGGUUGCUGUAGCUGGGUUGUGUGUCAGGCCACUGGUUGGGGGCUAGUACGAUGUGCGGUGGUUCUGGGCUGUACAGUGUUGGGGGGAAAGGCUGCACCUACAGUGCCGUCGAUGGCCCCCACCUUAUCUAUUCUCACCCUUUCUUUGCCUUGGUCUCGUUUUUCUCUUUGCUUCUUCUGCUCGUCUGUGUGACAACAACGUACGCAUGUGCUUGGGGGUGAGGGGGGGGAGGGGGGGCGUUUCUCGUGUUCGCUACUGCUGUAGUGUUGGUGUAUGUAGAAUGUAAGGGGCCGUUUGUUGGUUUCGUUUGCGCAAAACAAAAUACUGCUGUUUUUUUGUUUAGCUUUUUUUUCUUUCCGUGUGUGCAUGCAUGUAUUUGUAUGGAGAUAGGCGUCCGUACAUAUAUAUUUUAUAUUAUCGCACUCCGCUUGGGUCUUCUCUUCUUUGUUGGGUAUUUUUUGUUCCAUCAUUUAUUGCUG